ACAAAUUAUUAUACCAGAGUGGUCGAAAAUUAGGAUGAUAAUGUACAUGUCCGUAUAUAGUGGCAUAAGAUCUAUCAAAAUUUUGUGCUUGAAUUAUAAUACAAUUUGUAUCGUUUAGUACAUCAGAAUUAAUUUUCUUUUGGAAAAGUUUAAAACUCAAUUUAAAAUAAAAGAGAUAUAAGUUAUUUAAAAAUAGUAAAUUAUUCAUAAAAAUAAUAUAACUAAUAAUAAACAUUUAAUUUUAAUCAUGGGUUAAAUCACAUCCAAAAAUCAAGAAGCCAAAUUUAGUAAUGUAGAGUAUGCACCGAAAGAUUAUGCAUUUAAUCACUUAAAAAUCUGGAAUUUUAGGAUAAACUUGACUCCGGGUUUGUGCCAAGCUUUCUUAAUGUGCUUCCUAAAAUCACUUAGAAACUAUGGAAUUUUAGAGGGCUAAUACCACUUGAAAUACCAACUUUUACCGAAAGUGCAAUCAUAUUACGUAACUAUUGAUAUGACAUUUGUAUGCCAAAAUGUCAUCUCAGUUAAUUGGACCGUUAAAUUAACUGUGAGACUAUUCAACGCUCAGUUAGUGCCUAAUAGGAUCCUUCAUUUCGUUCUCACCCUUUCCUCUUGUCACUCUCGAGCUACGAACAGAAUAAGAACCUUAGAAUAAAAUUCCCAAAAUUGACAAGGUGGAUGGAAUCAAUCAGCGUGUGAGUGGAGGCAGAGGGCAGAGGCUUCGGAUCGUCGUCGAAAGUGAAAUCGGAGGAUUGGGGUGGUCAAAUCGGCACAGAGAUCAAACUUUGAGUCUACAUCCUUCAUCACAGGUGCCUGAGUCUUCUCCUUAAUGAAGCACAAAAGGCGAUUGUGAAGAGGAGGUUGUGGGAAAAGUUUCUAGGGUUUUUUUGGGGAAAUAGCACGUGUUCUCCACAUCUAUGUAUUUGUAGUGAAAAUCUAGUGGUUGAACAGCAUCACAUGAGAAGGAGUAGGGUACAAAGGUAAAUGGAGAAGAGUAAAGGUGGGUGUACAAUGGAAGAUUCCUUCCAAAAGUUUGGACCACGAGUUUGAGUGUGAAGAUAAUUUUAGCCUUGCUAUGUGGUGAAAAACAAGUUUGUGCUUUUUCCUUUAGCUAGCUUUUUCAACAAUUUGAUGGAUUAGAGAUUGUGGAUUGUUGUAUUGUCGUCGUCUAGUAGUUGGGGUUUUGUGUUGGAGUACAUUUUGCUAUAUUUUAGUGUGAUAGUGUUGGUAUAUGCUUUUAUUGAUUGUGUAGACAGUUUGAUUGGGAAAUGGAAUGAUUCAUGUAUUUUAUUGGAGGGUGGCAAAUGAGAUGAUUGAGCUUAUAUUCAACCACAUAGAUUGGAUGGACUUCUCCCAAGGCAUGCCUAGAUACGUUUGUGGAAUUGUAGAGCGAUUUGACAUAGACAUUCACUUGUUGUCCUACAUCGAACUUUGACUAGUUGGAGUGGUGUAUCUGAACAAUGAGAGGGUGGAUCGAAUGUGGUACAUAUCACCACAUUCUACUAUUUAGCAAGGGGUUCAAGAGAUUGUUUCUGAUGUCAAGGUGAUUGAUGGUUUGAUUACUUUAAUUAAAAAUGGCAGAUUGUGAUCUUGAUUGAGGGAAGUGAUGGAUUAGGAGUUAUUGGUGACAACGAAGGGAUGCAAUAAGGGGAUAAUGAGAGGGGAGAUGAUGAGGAAGAGGAUGAAGGCUCUUUCGCAACUGAUAUUGUCCACGGGAUGAUGACGAGGAAGAAGAAGAUCAAGAGGUGCAUACCUCAGAUGACGAGUUCUACGAGGCACAUACCCAUAUGGGAAGGCACGAGCGUAGAAGGAAGAUUCGGCAAAGUUACAAAGACUCCGAUGAAGAAGUGGAGCAGGAGUCUAGCUUUGAGAGUGUGACAAACCGUGAAGCUAAUGUCAAAGAGGUUGUUGCCCUUGCUAAAGAAGUGGAGCAGGAACAUGCUUAUGAGUCUAUAGAUGAGGUUGAGGUUAGAGUAACGUCGAGGAGUGUUUCGGCGUCCAUAUAUAGAGAGUCAUUGGGUCUUGACUAUGAUGAGGAAGAUGGGCCUAUCUACAAUCUACAUUGUGAACCUUCAUUGUUGAAUAUCAUCGUUGGUCUUAAGUUUGGGGAAACCGAGCAGUUUAAGUUUGUAGAAACUACUAGCUGCAUCAAGUGGAAUAUUAGUACGAGCAAGAAAAAGAGGGUGGUGUGUAGGGGAAAAUGUGGUUGGUAUGUGUUUGUAAGUUAGCAUGGAAAGCGACAGUGUUUCAUGGUGAAGAAUGUAGGGCCGUCACACUCUUGCCCACAUGACCUUUGAGUGAAAGGAGCCAAUGCUAUUUGGGUUGUCAAACUCUAAACUGGGAGGUUCCAAAUCAACCUGAUUUGGGAAGUGAAACAUAUGCAUAGGGAGAUCAGGGAGACUCAUAAUGUAGAGUUAUCAAUAAGGAGUGUUAUAGGGAACGGUUAUAUGCCAAGAGGUUGUUGGGAGGUUAUCUCAUAGAGGAGUAUAAGAAAUUAGGCCUUAUUCUGAUUAGUUAAAACGUGUGGACCCUAUAGGGCAUUUUAUCUUGGAAGUGGACCCUUGUUCUAUUGCAAAUAAGUUUAUUUUCAAAAGCCGAUAUGUGCGUUUCUCCAUGCUGAGGAAGGGGUUUCUUGAUGGGUGUCGGCCCAUCUUCUCACUUGACAGAGCAUUCUUGAAAGGUGAAGUGAAUGAGAUGAUUUUGUAUGUCAUUGUAAAGGAUAGGGAUAAUUGUAUGUAUCCCAUCGCUUGGGCCGUUAUAGAGGGAGAUAACUAUGAUUCAUGGGGUUGCAAGAGGAACUACUCACUGAAGAUGGUCAAGGUUGGACUAUUUUAAGCGACUAGUAGAAGGUAUAACUAACAAACUCUACAUGAAAGGGCUGUUCUAUUUUAUGUCUUGAUGUAUGUAGGCUAACCAUUUUAAACUCUAACUCCUGUAGGAUCUUGUCGAGGCUCUUGCAAGGAUUAUGUCGCAUGCACAUCACAGGACGUGUGCGAGACAUAAUUUUUCUAAUUGGAAAUCAAGACACAGGCCCCAAAGCUUUCGAAAUUUGUUCUAGCGCGUUGUGUAUGUCACCAAUGAGGCGGUGUUUCAAGCAGUGACAAGAAGGAUAGAAGAAAUACAUAAUAGUGGGUGAAGACCCUACACUGUUGAAGGACUUCAUGGACCAGCAACCCGAGAAGUUUUGCAGGAUUCAUGUCCCAUGACUGUAAGUGUGAUGUAGUUGAAAGUAACAUAUGCUAAGACUUUCAAUUCACAUAUAUUGCAGGAGAGAUAACUUAGAAUAAUUGAUAUGCUAGAAGGGAUUCGCAAGAAAAUGAUGGCAAGAAUUAUGGACAAGAACAAACAGUUGGGGAAGCUUAACGAUGCCAUCUGCCCUAGGAUUAUAAAGAAGGUUUAGAAGGGUAAGGAAUCAGCUAAGAUGUGGAUGACAAGUCCCUCACUUCAAGACAAGUUUGAAGUAUCUCGUAGGGAUGAGGAUUAUGUUCUCUUUGAAAGAGUUUUCUUCUACUUGGGGUAUUGAGGCUUAACUGGGGUUCCAUGUGAGCAUGUUGUCUCGGCUUUGGCUUGGAAGAUGCUAGAUUCCAGCCUAUUUGUGCAUAAACUCUACUUUGUUUCCGAGUACAAGAAAGCCUACAAAGGGGCUUGGUAUACGGUCAGUAACCAAUGGUUACUGACCUAUGAGUAACUAAAUAUCCAUCUUUAAAUCUAAGUGGGCCAGAACUCCAGAUCUAAGGAUUGUGAAUUAAAGGUAUUUUAUUUUCCCUAGUUUUCUUAAUCGACUCUUAUCUUAUUCGUUCUAACUCGUUUUUUUUUUUUUUUUUUUUUUGCACAAAUGAAACGAGUUCGUUGUACUCUACAAAAUUAUAUCAAUUUUCAAUAUAUUUUGAGAAUUUUUUUUCAUACCUCCCGUUACCAACUACAUACCAUAUGGUAACUUCUUUGUUUUUAAAUCGUUUUUGAAAAUAUUUGCUCAGAAGGAACGAGUUCAACAUGAUCUAUUGGAUCUACAAAUUUCUAGGUGAAAAAAAUACAGGAUCAAAAAUUAUCAUACUUUACCACUAUGGUAUGGGGGUGGUAACUUGUGGUAAACAAUUAUGAAAGUCGUAAAUGACAGUUAGUAAACUCCUAUUAUCAUG